GUAUACAUUAAGGUAUUUAAUUUUUCAGUUUUUGUUUGAGUUGUGUAUAGAUUAUGUUUUUGACAUUUUGAAAUUUUUACAGCAGUUGCUGCUGUGCGCUUUGUGUAAAAAUGUCGGCAAUGUUGACUGCUGAUUGGUGUCCAUUAGGGAAGGAUGCUUAUUUCAGGAAGUUUGAGAUCUACGCCAUGACGUGGCAGAACGAGAUAAACCUGGACAACGUGGUGGUGUCGGCGGCCUCGUACGGGGGCCCCGUGGCGGUGGUGCGGGACCGCAAGAAGUUCGUGAAGAUCCAAGGCAGCAGCAAGCCGGUGAUCUCCGUGUACACGUCGUCCGGCCGGCCGCUGUCGUCCAUAGUGUGGUCCAGCGGCCAGAUCGUGAGCCUGGGCUGGUCGUCCUCAGAGGACCUGCUGUGCGUGCAGAACGAUGGCUGUGUGCUGGUGUACGACAUGUUCGGGACGUACCGCCACACGUUCGGCAUGGGCCAGGAGGCUAAAGACACAAACAUCAUCGAGGCGAAGAUCUUCGCCAGUGUGAACGGCACAGGGGUUGUCGUGCUGACCUCAUCGUACAGGUUCUUCCUUGUCAAUAACGUCAACGACCCCAAGGUGCGGCAGUUGGCCGAGGUCGCAGGUCUGAUGGUGCCGCCCAGCAGUUGGACGGUCAUAUCGGAGGACAGGCACACACAUGUCCUCAUGGCCCGGGACAAGGAGCUAUACUUGCUCAAACACUCGGAGCAGCACGCCUUCCCGUUGCCGCUGGAGCUGGACCGGGCCCGUUCCGUCGUGGAGAUGGCGGUGUCGCACAACAACAAGCACGUGGCCCUCUUCACGGACCUGGGACACCUGUGGAUCGGCUCGGCUGACCUGCGCAGGAAGUACUGCGAGUUCGACACCAAGUGCCCCAACCGGCCGCGCCAGCUGGUCUGGUGCGGGACGGAGGCGGUGGUGGGCCACUGGGACCAGGCCCUGCUCGUGGUGGGCCGGCAGGGCGACCACAUCAGCUACAGCUACGACUGCCCCGUGCACCUGGUGCCGGAGAUGGACGGGGUGCGAGUCCUCUCCGCCGCCUCCCACGACGUCAUCCAGAAGGUGCCGCCGGUGGUCCAGCAGAUAUUCCGCAUCAACAGCACCGAGCCGGGCUCCUACCUGCUCGAGGCCUCCAAGCAGUUCCAGAGACGUAACCACCGUGCAGACGAGUACCUCAGGUUGGUGAAAGACCAACUGGAUGAAGCUGUGGCGCAGUGCAUCAAAGCUGCGGGCUACGAGUUUGAUCCAGAAAAUCAGAAGAUGCUCAUGAAAGCUGCCCAGUUCGGCAAGUGUUUCAUACCGGACGUGGACUCGGAGCCGUACGUGAAGAUGUGCCGGACGCUGCGGGUCUUGAACGCCGUCCGGAACCCCAACAUCGGAGUCCCCCUGACUUUGACUCAACUGCAGCACAUGUCGUUCCAAGUGCUGCUGGACAGGCUGGUCAUGAGGAGGCACUUCUACUUGGCCAUCCAGGUGGCCAAGUACCUGCGUCUGCCCGACGUGGAGGGCUCCAGCAGGAUCCUGGCCCACUGGGCCUGCUACAAGGUGAACCAGAGCCACUUGGACAUGGAGCAGGUGGCCAAGGACAUAGCAGACAAGCUCGGCCACGCCCCGGGGGUUUCCUACAGCGAGAUCGCCAAGAAGGCAGCCGACUGCGGCCGCACGCAGCUCGCCAUUAAGCUGAUAGACUACGAGCCGCGGGCCAGCCUCCAGGUCCCGCUGCUGCUGAAACUGGGCGAGGACCGGCCCGCGCUCGUCAAGGCCAUCGACAGCGGCGACACCGACCUGGUGUACGUGGUCCUGCUGCACCUGCGCGACAACAUGCCCAUGGCGGAGUUCCUGAUGAUGAUACGGAACUAUCCAAUAGCCUUGUCGCUGUACGCAAAGUACUGUCGGAAGCACAAUCGCGAGACCCUGAUGGACAUUUACGACCAAGACGACGAUCAUUCCUCGCAGGCUGCGUUUCACCUGCAGGAAUGCUAUGACCCAAAGAACAGCUCCAUGAAGGCUGCCUCGCUGGAGGCCGCGAAGCAGUGCUACAAGCGCGCGCGCAACGACUUUGCGGCGACGCUGUGCGAGGAGCAGCAAAAGCUGCUCAAGUACCAGGCGACCCUGGAGGAGAAGUUCCGGCGGGAGUUCGUGGGCCUGUCGCUGCACGACACGGUCCGCAUGCUGCUCAUGCUGCACGAGGUGAAGCUGGCCGACAAGCUGAGGACAGAGUACCGCGUCCCCGACCGCAGGUACUGGUGGCUGAGAGUGCUGACCCUGUCCGAGCUCGGUGAUUGGGUGGAACUGGACAAGUUCUCCAAGACCAAGAAGUCUCCCAUCGGCUACGAGCCGUUCGUGGAAGUGUGCUUGAAGCAUGGGAACCGCUACGAGGCACAGAAGUACCUGCCUCGAGUCAAGGAUGAUCUCAAAGUAAAAUACUAUUCGAAAGUAGGGAUGUUGGAGGAGGCAGCCCAAGUUGCCUACGACCAGAAGGACGUGCAAGGACUCAUGUUUGUCCAGAGCCGAUGUCCCUCGUCCAAUAGUGUGCUUGCAGAAAAGAUUGCCUCCUGGAUUGGUCAGUUAGCGGCAAAGAAAUGAGUAACAUGCUACUACUGUUUCUUUUGCAAGAUGUGUGUUCAUACAUUCCAAAUAAAUUGUUUUCCUCCUUUUUCAGCUUUGACUUUGCAACUGUAUGCUUUUUGUCUUGAAAGUGCCAAUGCAGUGUUUUGACAAUUUGAAAAGAUUAAUUUUUGAUGUAGGGUACAUAAUGUAAUUUUUUAUGUAAAAAAUAUGUAUAUAUAAUUUUUGUACAUAAAACAUCUGUGUGUGUACCUAUAUAUAAUUUUUGUUUCUUGGUAUAUAUACACAACAUUAAAAAAAUUUUGUAUUUUGUAUGUAAAUAAAAAUUUAUGUUAACACUACAUAAUGUGCAUAUUUGUAAAUAAAUGGAUGCUACAUUUUAAAAUUGGGGUGCAAUAAAACCACUAAAUUAAAACAUUUA